AUGCUCAGUGAGAGGUUCAUUGACGACAUGCUGAGGGACAGUCAUGCCUGGAGGCGGGCAAUAAAGCAGUGCGACGUGCAGGACUGCCUUGCGCCGUCCUCACCGGCAGCGAAAGCAAACAUGGGGCCCGUCUUCCGCCGCGGCUGCACAGACAACGUCUGCAGCCUGCGGUUUGUAAGUACUCUGCGAGCCUCUGCGGAUGGCCUAAAUAGAGGAGCGAAGGAAAAAGCGCUGCGGCAGCGAAUGCGGGGGAAGUGGGACCCCAGCACAAGGACAACGAAUAGUCAACGCGACCUACUUAGAGAGAUUUUGCAACAUCAGCUGGAGCUCCAUGGGUUUACCACUGCCUACGAGGCGUCCCGCGACGCGGUACUUGAAGAACAGAGACGCCAGGAGGCCCUUUACCGUCAGCAGCGCGAGACAAGAAGACUGUCACAGGCAGCAGCCCGCAAUGCAGCGCAACAACAGGAGCUCAGCAUGAACGAAUCUCACAUGCGGCAAAAACUGCGCGACUCGGAGAGACGAAAAAGGGCCUCCAUUGCCGCCUCCAUGUUCACCGACGCAUUUGUCUUCGCCACCAACACCGAAUUUGCAGAGAGGCAGGCCAUCUUUUAUGACUUUCAAGCACAGCACGCCUCCAUCGUGAGUGAAGCAGCCAACUCGCUGCAGUCCAUCACAGGACUGCCAUGCUCAGUCUUCCAGUCACUCGUCGCCCUGCAAAGAAACGAAGCCCAAUGCAGGAAGAAGCUGCUGAGCCACCACGCAAAACAGCACGAGUUCCUCAAAACAGAGAUGCAUCGCGCAAUAGACCAUCAACUCAAGGCAGAAAUUGCACAAGUAAUUGCAAAGGAAAAACUUCUUACAAAAAUCAUACAGCUGUCGAACCAAAAGUAA